AUGCCGGCCCUUCCGUACCACGAUCCGACCUUUGAGACAGAUACCCGCGCAUUCGAUCUGCGGCAACUACGCCGCGCAGCAGAUAUAGUCGGCCAAGCGCUGUCACAUACCGCACCAUCGCUACUGACGCGGGUACCUCACACUCUCACCAAGCGACAAAGUGGUGGCGUCCUCGCAAUACCCACCCAAUAUCAAGGCAUCAACGCUGGACCGGCGCCUGGCGCGGUGGUUGGCAUUGUCCUAGGCAGCAUCGCAGGCUUCUUACUGCUGAUAUGGAUCCUAUGGGUGGCCACCAACAGCGGCUCGGGCUUCAUUCGGUCGAGUCGUCUGACAGAGGAGGACGUUGUUGUACGGCGGAGAUCUCGGAGUAGAGGGACUAGGCGCAGUCAUGCUCGAACCGAGAUGACCAGCAGGAGUCCAAGGCGCGCAAGAGUGAUUCGACAAGAGCGGAUAGUGCGAGACAGCGUGCCUCCUCCGCGACAGCCAAGUCGCAUACGAGAGACCGUGCUGGUGGACGACAUGCGCGGACCUCCAGAGCGUAGAGUGGAUGGUGACGACAUCGUGGAAGUGAUUGAGGAGAAUUCGUCGAUAGGCCUACCUGAGCCUCGGCGGAAGAACAGACGGUCGUCUGCUGGUUACAGCACAGAUCUGCAUCCAGUCCUUCGAAAGAGUCGCAUGUACGUGAAUGUGCAGAACAAGAUGUAA